CAUGUGGACUACUGGUACAGUACUAGCUAAUAUCGCCCCACCAUCCAUUUGGCUCCGAUAACACCAACUCCAUUCAGGCUCCAGAGUACUUUUGCACACUACACACACCUGGCCAAGUCAGCAAAGCCAAGGAAGUCGGGGAUGACGUUAUCUCUCGUCCGACCUUCUGUUUGUUGUUUGAAUAAGUCAUAAACUAUGUUCCACAAGCUCAACUAAAAGCAUUAUUAUCUCGGGUGCGGUGUGGAGUGUGAGUGUGAGUGUGUUGAUUCGCUAUAUUAUCCUAUCGGAGGGCUCUGCAACCCCUCCUUACAGAGAGAGACAUGAGAGACUGAAACGUGGAAAAGAGAGGACCUUCGAAGCCGCCGCAACACAUCAAAAUGAUCCAUUUUGUGGUGUUAUUCAGUCGCCAGGGAAAGAUUCGGCUCCAGAAGUGGUACGAGGCUCGACCGGAUCGGGAGAAGAAGAAGAUUACCCGUGAACUCACUAACGCAAUACUCGCCAGAAAACCAAAAAUGAGCAAUUUCCUCGAGUGGAAAGAGCUUCAAAUUGUCUAUAAAAGAUACGCCUCGCUCUUCUUCUUAUUUGCUGUAGACAAGUCAGACAACGAAUUGAUCACCCUUGAACUGAUUCACCGAUAUGUGGAGGUGUUAGACAAGUACUUCGGCUCUGUCUGUGAGCUGGAUAUUAUCUUCAAUUUCGAAAAAGCCUACUUCAUCCUAGACGAGCUCAUUUUGGGAGGAGAGCUGCAAGAGACCUCCAAGAAGGCCGUGAUCAAGCAAAUCGAAUUUGCAGAUAACUACCAAGAAGAGGAGAUCAUCUCGUUGGCUCUUAGAGACGUUGGCCUUAUCUGAAAUAAAAAGCACAAUCGACACAAUAAAUUGUGUUUCAUACUA